CGCUGAGGAACUGGGCAGCCCCUUUGCGGGGGCCCAACGUCAGCUGAGCACGUCUCCCACGUCCUCUCCUUCUGGCCACUUAUUAUUUAUUCAUUUUCCCAAAGAAGCCACCAAGGAUCCAAGUGUAAAACUUUCCCCCCCUCUAAUGCGAGACGGGGCCAGAUCCCAUCCAACACAUAGGUUCAUUUUCAUGGGGCUCUGCGAUCAAAAGAACAGAAAGAGCAACAACAAAAGCCGAGCCGCUGUCUGACUUAAACUGGCAAAGUGGAAAAAAUAAAGUGUUGAGUAAACAGACCGAGUUGGUAAUCAUGGGGAGUUUCAAGGGCCAUGCCCUCCCCGGAACCUUCUUCAUCAUCAUGGGUAUUUGGUGGACUCUGAAGUGCAUUCUGAAGUAUGUCUGCAGAAAACACAAGCGGACUUCCUAUUUUGGCUCCAAAGCAGUAUUCUAUCGAAUAGAUAUUGUGGAGGGAAUCGUAAUAAUCUGCAUGGCUGUAAUUGGUAUGCUUGGGGAACAGUUUAUUCCUGGAGGGCCCCACCUGUCCUUGUAUAACUACAAAGAAGGCCAGUGGGUCCAACUCCUGGGUUGGCAUCACACCACCAUGUACUUCUUCUUUGGGCUGGCGGGCGUGAUGAGCAUCCUAUGUUCCACCAUCCGUUCACUUCCUACCUCUUUAAGCAAGUUAAUGUUGUCAAAUGCCUUAUUUGUGGAGGCUUUUAUUUUCUACAACCACACCCAUGGCCGGGAAAUACUGGACAUCUUUGUGCACCAGCUGUUGGUCUUGGUCAUCUUUUUGGCAGGCCUGGCUGCCUUCAUGGAGAUCUUCUUACGCGGCAAUCUAACCGUGGAGCUUCUCCGUACGAGCUUUAUUCUGCUUCAGGGGAGCUGGUUCUGGCAGAUUGGUUUUGUCCUUUAUCCCCCCAGUGGAGGUCCUGCAUGGGAUCUACUGGAUCAUGACAACAUUAAGUUUCUCACCAUAUGCUUCUGUUGGCAUUAUGCAUUCUCCUUUAUCAUCAUUGGAGUGCUGUAUGCUUUUGUUAUCUGGCUGACAUCUGGGCCUCAUCUCCUUAGGGGCUGGGCAGCCUCCAAGACCAAUGCCAACAUUCAGGGAACCUCUCUACUGCAUGUCAGCUCCCUUUCAGAGCCCAAAGAAGACUACUGUCUUUUCCUGUUUCAGAAACCUUCAGACCCUUAAUAAUUUUCAUAUCCACUUACAGUUCUCUAGGAAUGCCAUGUUUAUUUUUCAACCUCUGCCUCCCCUCCCUUUAACCUUUUGACCUUGUAGUUCCCUCUACCUGCAUAUCAAAUCAAAUGCCGAUCUCUUCUACAAAAACUACUGUGAUUAUCCUAGCCCUUGCUUAUCCCCUUCAUGAGUUUUAUAUUGCUUUAGUCUCUACCAAACAUUUGAACAAUUGUGAUCUAUCUUGUGUGAUGUUUUUGCUUAGCUCAUGUUAGUUUUAACAGUUAGAUUGUGUUGCCUUGAUGAAAAUAUCUUUUUCAUAUUUCUCACAGUUCUUGACACACUGUCAAACAUAUAGUGGAUGCUCAAUAAACACUUAAUCUGUUUUAAUAGA